GUAUUAUAUUUGUUCCAUCUUUUUAUAUGUACAAAUAUUAUUAUACAUAAUCUUUUAUCAUUUCCAUAAUAAAUAUGCAUGUCUUUUCUUCAACUGAACAGGUUACACUGAAAGGAUUUGAACCUUUACUGCAAUUUGCUUAUACUUCCAAACUUAUUUUAGAUAAGGACAAUGUGGCUGAAGUUUGCAAAUGUGCUGAGUUCUUGGGAAUACAUGACAUCGAAGAAUCUUGUUUUCAGUUCCUUAAAUUCAAGUUUCUGGAUCAUAAAUCAGGACAGCAGGAAUACCCAAAAUCAAAAUGUUGUAAAUCAAGUUGUCAGAAACAGUACAGUAAAAUGGAAAGUGUCGAUGCUAGAGAUUUAGAAAUUGAAGAGGAGGAUGAAAUCAUGCAAAAUGAAUGUGCUAAAAAUUCUCAGCUGAAGGCAUGCAGUACGGAACAAAAUGCAGCAGUGCCCCUACUGCAAGACAGUUCUAAUCAAAUCCAUGACCCAGUAUCAGAAAAGGAUCAGAUUUUUAAUGUAGAGUCCCUCUGUCCCAAAUACAGGAAAUUUAAAAAAGCUUUGGAGACUGAUAAAAUCCCUCUUGUAGAAGCCAGUCCUGGUAUUAAUGAAAUUCAGGUAACAUCUGGUACUACUAUUCAUCAGGCUGAAUCAAAUAUUACUGGUGCUAUACAAAAACAUCUUGAAUGUACAGUUGUGCAUUCAGAUGCAAAAUGUGAAGAUACUCAGGUAGCAAUGGAAGAAAAUGGAAAUGGAGACUUCAUGAAUGAAAUUGCUCCUCCAGUUAAGAGUGCUGAAUGUUUAGCAGAAAAGACAGAUUCUCACUUUGUCAACCAUAAUUCUUCUGUGGCUACUCAUGGACUUUAUUCUGCUUCUUUCUUAAACGCAUAUGAUCAAUACUGCAAUUUAACUUUAAAUGGUAUGCAGAGCAAUACAGUAGUUGAAAAAAAUGCCAUUGCUGUGGGAGCCGAAAAUUGCAAACCCAUAAGUGAAAACACUGCUGAGGACCCAACUCCAAAAUCUAAUUUGUAUGAGCAGGGAAAUGUGAUCAGUACAUCACCUAGCCAUCGAAGCAGUGUGGAGAGAGAGAUAGCAGAACAGUUAGCAAAAGGAUUUUGGAGUGAUGUUUACAACACAGAUACAGCAUAUCAAAGUUUAUCUCCUGCAUUGCCAAAAGAAUUUUCAGAACAAAGCUGUUCAGAAAAGAAAACUGAAUGUCCUUGGUUAGGAAUCAGAAUCACUGACAGUCCAGAGAAUGGCCCUCCAAGAACUUUUACAACAUUGAGCUCUGUCACUUGUCCCUUCAUCAGUAAUCUCAGUACUGAAGGCACCACUGAAGUUAAUAGUGGAGACUGUAUUCCAGAACAACAACCUGAGCAAUGUCCUUAUUCGUGUGUGAUAAAUUUGGAAGAGGAUUCUGAAACGGAUACAGAGGGCGACAGUGAAUCCUUUUCUGCAAGAGAACAGGAAUGUGAGGUAAAGUUGCCAUUUAAUCCACAGAAGAUAAUUUCACUCUCUAGAAAUGACUUCCAGUCAUUUCUGAAAAUGCACAAAUUGACUCCAGAAGAGCUAGAUUGUAUCCAUGAUAUUAGAAGACGAAGUAAAAAUAGAAUUGCAGCACAGCGUUGUCGUAAACGAAAGCUAGACUGUAUACAAAACCUUGAAACAGAAAUAGAAAAAUUGCAAAAUGAAAAAGAGAACUUACUGAAGGAAAAAAAUCACAUUUUGUCCACACUGGCUGAGACAAAACAGAAUCUAACAGGACUUUGCCAGCAAGUAUUCAAGGAAGCAGCAUUGAGUCAUGAGCAAAUCCAGAUUCUUGCAAAAUAUUCGGCCUCUGAAUGUCCACUUUCAUUUUUGGUUCCUGAGAGGGAACAAGCAGCACCUUCUGAUAUCUCAUCUACAGUACCAUUGUGUGUUGAAUUAUCUGCUGGUCUUUCUGUUAUAUCAUCUAAUGAUCAACAUUCUAGCUAUCAACAUAUGAAAGGAGGCUAUGAUGCAGGAUAUGAUCAAGCACAAGAAUUAUGUCCAGUUCCUGUAAGAAUAUCAGAGAAAACACUGUGCUUGGAACAGUGUGUGCAGAGUGGAAGUGGUAUCACAGAUUUUUGUCAACAAAUGACUGAUAAAUGCACUACAGAUGAAUAAUCCUUUUUAAAAUUCAGCCUAGCAUGAUUGAGGCCUGAGUCUUCAUGUAAGAAGGUAGAACUGCAGCUGCAUUAAUUUUGCAUUUCAUAUCACCCUCAAACAAACCUAAAUGUAAUUAUGGGCUUUUCUCUAAUGACAUGUAAAAAUUAUGCAAUAUACUUAGUGUAAAAGAAAGAAAUCUACGUAGUUUUAUUAUUCCAGAUAUCCAGUGCCAUGGAAGGCAGUAACAUUUGUUUCAUCCACUACUUCACAUUUAUUGAUAAUUCCAAUCUUUGAGAAUAUUAGGUCACUGUGCUAGAGAUGUACUUAAUCUUGACAGCUUGCUGUCCUUCCAUGAUCUCUAGAUGAAAAUAUUUAUAAUAGACUAUGUUAAUUUGUGCUUCCUACUUAAAGUUUGAUGUGGUUUUCAUAAGGAUAAAUGAAAUGAUCACAUAUUCUGGAAGGAUUUUAACUUUUAUUAUUAAUUAUGGGACCAAGUUCAGCAUGUUGGAAAAAUCCUCUUUUAAAUAAAUUACUUUUAUGGGUAAAGCUAAUUGUAGCUGUUCAAAUUCAGUAGCUUAUAGUUCAGUUAUAAAAAUAAGCCACUUUAAAGCUUCAAUAAUUUUAACUACUAAAAUAAGCAAUUAGAACAUUUUACUGUAGCCAGUACUGCAUUGUAUUAAUUACAGAAAGUCUGUAUAAAUUCUGUAAUAGUAUAGUGCUCUUAAUAAUAGAAGCUUUAUCUACCGAACCUCAAGUACUUUUUCUGGUUUACAAAAUUUUAAAGCCAAUGGAAUUCUUUGUUUCCUACCUCAGAACAUAUAAGUUUUUGUAACUAUGUUUGGAACACAAUCAUCUUUCUGUGACAACUUUUUGCCUAGCAUAUUUACUAUUUGAGAACCCUUCAAUCUUCUCUGGUAUGCUCAGAUAUUGGUUAAAUUUAGCAACCAAUUUAGCCUUUAGAAAAGUAAAUUUGUAUUUCUAAUAUAUAGUGUCAAUCUAUAUAGUAAAUAUUUGGCCAAAUACACCAUCCAAACAGUGCUACUAACAACCAGCAUGUAUUACAGAAAACUACACUACCUCAUAGAGUGAUUUCAAGAUCAUUCAAAGCUGCAGUGAUGUUCACAAAUACUUGUCACAAACUAGCAUUAAGAAUAACAACGCUUACAAACUUUUAACUUCAUUGUGGAAGUUUCCUCUAAAUAUGCAUGAAUUCUUUUGCAUGUAUUCAUUUCUCUUUUGAUCAUAUAGGGAAUGAGUCCUUAAAAGCCUUUAGCUGGCAUUAUAGAUGUUGUGUGCAUUUAAUGAAACUCUUGCUCUUGAAGAGUACAAAUGUGUUUCUUUUCUGAGAAUCACGUUUUGAUUCUUUAGAUCCACCUCAUUCUUUUUUUUUUUUUUGACAAAUCAGUUAACAGUGCCAAAUCUGUUGGGUAUACAAUAUAAAAACUGUUCUGGAGAAGUAACUUAAGCCUUUUUUGAAACAAUUGAUAUAGUUGUUUCUAAAGAAGUAUUCGCUGUAAAUUUUAAAUUAUAUGUUUAUAUAACUGGGUUGGCUAAUUUUGUGACUGAAUUCAUACAGUCUGGUGGUUGGGGCUUCUGUCCCUCAAAAAUGUAUUGAUAAGGUAAAUGAAAGAAUGGAUCACUGACUAGGAAAGCAAUGAAAAGAACUUUUAUUGCAUCUUGAUUAAAAACCUCAAUGCUUGUGAAUGGGACUCCCAGGUUUAAUUCCCAUUUUUACAGGAUUUGUCAAAGUCUAAUUUCUACUAUCUAAUUUUGGGGUGGGACAAUCUGAGGUAGCUUAACACCUAAAUAGUUAUCUCUAGGAGAUUGUGUAAAGUUUUUGCUUUGCAUGCAUACAUUGAAAAACUGAAUCAUCAACUUGAAAUACAUCAGUUACAAUAUACAGUAUAAGAAACUCAGGUAAAAUUUGAGAAUUCAGUUCUGACUUUGAACAGUGUUUGCAUCAAGGCAUGUUAAAAUAGUUUUAAAUAUUUUGGGCAGAAUGUUAGAAAUUCUAACCAUAAAAGCAUAAAAUUGUAUAAAAACAACCCUUAAUUCCAGUUGAUUUUUAAAAAACUUUUCAUAGUCCAGUGUUUUUAAUGCAAUAAAACUAUCCUUUCUGAUAUCUUCAUUUUUGUAAAAAUUUGGCAUUGUAAAAUUGAUGCAUACCAACUGAUUCAUACUAUUAAAGCAGAACUCUGGAAAUGACAUUAUUUAUACAUUUAUAUAAUAUAUUAAAGAAACAAAUAUUGACUUUGAAUAAAACUCUUUAAAAGGUUA